CCGAAGAUCACUCAGCUAGGAAUACACAAUAGCCUGGUACAAUAGUAUAAAAAUAUUGACGGUACCGAAGUUUGUGAGCUAUUAAAGCAGAAAAGGAUAAAAGCAGACGUGUCUGGGAGAUUGAACAGUCCCAUCGUUGUGUUCCUGCGCCUCAUCGCUUAAAAGUUGGAGCCGGUGUCUACUGUCGGUUAUUUUCGUGUUUUCGGGAAACAUGUUUACAAAUACAACAACGAUGUUUCUUUCUUGUUAAGACAUGCGUGCUGACUUGAUGAAUGGCUCAACCGUGCUUCAAAUGGAAGCGCGCGUAAUCUGACUGUCUGUGGACGGGCUCGCGCUUCUCUCGGCGAACUGGAAUACAUUGUAUUAACGCGAGCAAAACAUCUGUCGAUGAUUGGGAGACGGCUGCUGAAAACUGAGAGAGGAAGAGCAAAGCCUGGAGCACAGAGAAUAAGCCUCGUGUAGCGUUAAACACACGACACCACCUGUCCUGGAGAGGACGGUGGACUCUGGAGGGUGAUAGUGGCCGUGGACUGGACAUCACUGUGAACCUUCACCCGGGACAGAAGAGAAAGAGAGGAAGAGAGAGAGUAACGGGCUCCGUGAUGGCACCAAAGUGGUUUUUAUGUCCCUGUCUAUUUUGGCUGUGCGUGACAAUGUCUCUUGCUGCUGAUGCAGAGGAAAGGCUGGUAGAUUUUCUGCUUGGUCCUGAGCGCUACAAUAAACUUAUCCGGCCUGCGGUCAAUAAGAGUCAGCAGGUCACUAUUGGCAUCAAAGUCUCUCUUGCACAGCUCAUUAGUGUGAAUGAGAGGGAACAAAUCAUGACAACGAAUGUGUGGCUGACGCAGGAGUGGAAUGACUACAGACUGGUGUGGGAUCCGAAUGAGUACGAUGGCAUCAAAAAACUACGAAUACCAUCGCAGCACAUCUGGCUCCCUGAUAUAGUACUCUAUAACAAUGCAGAUGGCGUGUAUGAAGUAUCAUUUUACUGCAAUGCAGUUGUCUCCAACACCGGUGACAUUUUCUGGCUCCCCCCUGCCAUCUACAAGAGUGCCUGUGCGAUUGAAGUCCGUAACUUUCCCUUUGAUCAACAGAACUGCACGCUUAAAUUUCGUUCCUGGACCUACGACCGCACAGAACUCGAUCUUGUCUUGACAUCUGAUUUUGCCAGUCGUGAUGACUACACACCCAGCGGCGAAUGGGAUAUUGUGUCUCUCCCUGGCAGAAAAAACGAAGACCCCACUGACCUCACAUACCUGGAUGUCACAUACGACUUUGUGAUCAGGCGCAAGCCUCUUUUCUACACGAUUAACCUCAUCAUUCCAUGCAUCCUCAUCACUUCUCUUGCAAUUCUGGUUUUCUACCUUCCUUCAGACUGUGGGGAGAAGAUGACACUUUGUAUUUCAGUUCUUCUGGCUCUUACUGUGUUUCUGCUCCUGAUUUCGAAGAUCGUUCCGCCAACAUCACUGGCUGUUCCAUUAAUAGGGAAGUAUCUGAUGUUUACGAUGGUGCUGGUCACAUUUUCUAUCGUGACGAGUGUGUGUGUGCUCAACGUGCACCACCGUUCUCCAUCAACCCACCAUAUGCCCGAGUGGGUCAAGCGUGUGUUCCUGCAUAAGCUUCCUGCUUUCCUUCUAAUGCGACGACCGGGAAGGUCUAAUGUACGGGAGAGGUUUAGAAGGAAACACCAGCAGAAAUCGUUUUCCACUGAUGCAAAGAGCAUAAGGUUGGAUGGAGACUCACUCUUCUUAAGUGAUGACCCUGGACGUGUGUGUGGGGCAUGGAGGGUCGGCGACCUUCCUGAGGGGUCGGGCUUCAGGCAGAGAGUUAAAGUCAGACACGACCCAGAUGUGGACGAGGCCAUCGAAGGUGUGAGGUUCGUUGCUGAACAUAUGAAGAUUGAGGAUGAUGAUGAAGGGAUCAUUGAGGACUGGAAGUAUGUGGCCAUGGUGAUCGACCGGCUCUUCCUCUGGAUUUUUAUCCUGGUGUGUGUCGUCGGCACACUCGGACUCUUUGUUCAGCCUCUCUUUCAGAGCUACAACACCCCCGUGGCAGAGGAAGUAUAUGGGGAUUUCUAAAAUAUCUGCUGAAUGAUCCUGUGACUUUUGGACAGAACUGUUGACCGAGUUUUGACAUAUCACAAACACAAAUCCACAUUAUUGUUCAGCAGAACAUAACCAUUGUGGGGUGAAUUCACUAAACUGUUGCAUCACUUUAGCU